AUGUCGAAGCAGGUUGAGAGGUUCGAGAGCUGGGGCUAUUGGAUCAAUCGAGAUUCUAUUGGAUACCUCAGUCACAGGUACACCGGCUUCGCCAGGUGGACGGAUAUUCAUCACAGUGGAACUGGCAAAGAUCCCGCUGUUCCCAUCAACACCUUCGGUGUCAAAGAUGGGCAUACAAACAUGCUAUUGAUCGCACGGGCUUACAACAAUUCGCCAGAUCAUGACCCGCGGCCAAGGUCUCAUAAGCUUACCCUCAGAGCUCAAAUCGUGUCAUACUGGACCUCGGUGGAGCGACGUUCUCUCAGCGAGCUAAGCCGUAUCGUCUACGCGAACGUGAAUGAGCAGACCUUGAAGGACCUCAUCAAGGACGUCUACGAGAUCAUGGGCGCUCCUAUGGAUAAAGGCCUCUUGAUCACUCGGGAUCACCCUCCUUUUGACACCCUACUUACUCGAACUCCUUUCGGUGGAGGCGUGCAGAAAAUGCUUCAUGAAUACGCCGAUGCCUUCGGAAUUAAAGAUAUAAAGAGCUUUUAUUUUCACCUCAACAACGGUAUUAAUAAUUUCAACUUCAUCAUUGAUCUGGCCUGA